AUGAUCGCCAUCGCCGCUACCCGCCCCGCUCUGGUCCGCCCCCAGCGCCGCAAUUCGGUGCGCAUCCAGGCGGCAUGGACCCCCACUGGCGUGAAGGAUCAUGAGAUUGGCGCCGCCGCCGGCAAGAAGGUGGUGGAGAUUGGCGGCCAGCGCAUCCUGCUGGCGGCGGUGGGCGAGGAGAUCAAGGCGGUGAGCAACAAGUGCAGCCACCUGGGGCUGCCGCUGGUGGGCAAGACCCCCGUGUUCCAAGCCGAGGUGGCCAAUGGCUGCGUCACCUGCCCUGCCCACGGAACCAAGUUUGACCUCACCACCGGUCAGCCGGUGGGCGAGUGGUGCCCCAAGAUGCCCAAUCUGCCCCUGAUUGGAAAGAUUGGCGACACCCCGAAGCCGCUGCCCACCUUCGAGGCGCGCAUCGCCGAGAGCGGCGAGAUCGAGGUCAACGUCUGA